AUGGAUAUAAACAUGUCGAAUAUGGAAUUACUUGUUGAGUCUAAUAGGGGGAUGUUUUCUACAGACAAACUAGAUUUGUAUCCCAGAAAUUAUGAGGAUCUGAAGCAGUUUCUGUUAGUACACUCUCUGGAGGAUGACAAAUGUGACACUUUGGUAGAUACUGGAGUAAGUUAUUUACCAAGGCAGAAAACAAUGGGGAAGGCAGCGAUGAUGGAUAUUGAUAUUGAGAAGAAGUUGUUUUUAGAGUAUGCGAAAUAUAAGGCUAAUGGAAGCCCACAGGAUAGGUUUCUUAAACUAUUACUGGAACCUAAAGAAAAAGAAUUGUUGCUUGGCAUGGCCGGUGUUUUGCGGGAGCAGGUAGAUACCUACGAGCAGGUUUUCAAGGACAAGUCUUUGUUAUGGGAUAGACAAAGUAGGCAACAAUUGCAGGAAGGGCAACAUCUUGAAGAGGUUGCAUCAUAUUUAAUUUCAUCGAUGAUUCAAAAGGGCAUAGAAAUUCAGUCUCAAGGAGAUAGCACAGAGACACUGGAUACCAGAGAUAUGUGUAAGCUAUGCAUAGACUCAUUAUUAGAGCAGUGCCAGACAGUGGUAGCUCAAGGACCAUCUAUUGAAAAUAGUUCUGAGAGUGAUGUAAAAGCGGAAAAAAGUCGCCACAGUAAUGCUGGUGAACUAAAAACCGCCUUUCAGGAUCUACAAUUAGCGCAUAAGUUUUUGACAGAGAAAUUUGAAGAUGAUCGUAAACAGUAUUUACAGCAAAUUGAACAGUUGGAAAGGACGAAUCGUGAGCUGCAACAAGAACUAUUAAAUUAUCAUUCCCAAUUAAGCAAAGCUCGUGAACAGAUUAACAAACUAGAGUCUGCUACGCCGCCUACUUCAGUUUCCACGGAACAUAACACGCCAAUACAAGAUAUAUUUUCCAAGUCACCUCCCUCCAUGGGCAGUACCUCCAGCAUAUCUUCACCUGCUUCCAUGUCUUUCGUUAUAAUGAAACAGGAAUUCAAGAAGCUACUGAGCGAAACCCAGAACAAGUAUGAAAGGGAACUAAAAGAUGAACGGGACCUUCGCAAAAAAUUAGAGGCUCAGUUAUCAAGUAGGUUUUAA